AUGCAUUGCCAUUGCUUUAUUUUUUUUGUUUCAGUAUCGUCCGAUGCACCAUCACCGAUAGGAAUUUCCUACCACAGUGCUGUUGGUGGCAAUGGCGGCGGCGGCAGCGGUGGCAGUGCUUUUGUAGUACCAACAAUCCAGCAACCUGCACUCCGGCACGCAUUCAUCCCGAACAGUGCACUACGUUCACGCGAACCACAGGCUGGACCCAGUGGGAGCUGCUAUGAGGACAUGUUUCGUUCAAGCCGCUUCGAUCAAAUCAUCAGUUCCCCACCAUUGCCACGUGAAGUAAUGGAAGCAUAUGCGUGGAAUCCGGACGAUCGCUCAUUGAAUAUUUUUGUCAAAGAUGACGAUCGGUUAACGUUCCACAGACAUCCUGUUGCCCAAUCCACCGAUUCUAUUCGUGCCAAGGUACACAUAUUUACCGCACUUCUUAAACAAGUACAAAUCUUCGGCGUCUCUUAG